GCUACUUACAUGUUGAUGACUAUUACAGCAGCAGCUCAGAGUGGUGGCUAUGCUGGUGCUCCUCCACAGCCACAGUUUCCCCCUCCACCAGGAACUGCUCCAUCAAUACCUUCAGCCUUGGAUUUCAACCAACCUCCACCAGGUUUUCCUCCAGGCCUACCUUUAGUAGAUUUCAGCAAACCUCCACCAGGAUUCCCAGUUGAGGAGCAGAAAGAAAACCUUGUACCAACUGUGCCAUACUAUGAACUACCUGCUGGACUCAUGGCACCACUGGUCAAGAUGGAACACCACAAGUACAUGCCACUGAACCCCUCUGACUUGAGACUUCCUCCUCCAACUCCACCGAGUGAUAGGUUGUUGAGAGCCGUUGAGAAUUUCUAUGCCCCACCAUCUCACGAGAAACCUCGGAACAGUGAGGGCUGGGAACAACUAGCUUUGUAUGAUUACUACAAAGAAAAAAGUCAGUCUGUUAAACGCAUUGAGAAGGAAAUUAAUGAUGGGUUGAGAGAACGUUCACGAUCACCGUCCCCUGUUGUUAUUGAGCCACCGCCAGAAGAGGAGGAAAGACCUUGUGAUCAACCAAUCAGGAGAUACAGAUCAGAAAGUCCAGAAAAAGUUGAGGAGAAGCUAAAAUCUCGCUCCCGCUCACGUUCACGAAGUCCAAGUCCGUUACGACGAAGUACAUCCAGUCAAAGAUCUCGGUCACACUCUCCAUCUCGUACACCACCUCGAGUUCACAGACGAUCACUUUCCAAAUCACCAAGAAGAUCCCGCUCCAACUCACGGUCCCCCAGAACAAGAAGCAGGUCAAGGUCCAGAUCUGGAUCUAGAUCCAGGUCCAGAUCCAAGUCUCCCAGAUCCUCUCCUGCUCGAGUACCAUUCAACAGGUCUCCUUCACGAAGCCCGACUCCCCCUUCUUUCAUGGGAGGUGCUUUUCCUAAGUUGGAGCAGCGAUUGGAUGAAAGCAAUAAGGGUCAUCAGAUGCUGAGAAAGAUGGGAUGGGGAGGCUCAGGUCUAGGAGUUAAGGAACAAGGGAUCAGUGACCCAGUUGCAGCUGCAGAUGUCCGAGAUACACCACAAGAAAGAUUCCGAGGCCUGGGAGUACCAAGUGCUCAGACAGAUCCAUACGAGGCUUUCCGAAAAAAUAAAGGUCAAGCAUUUAUCAAUCGAAUGAAAGCAAGAGCAGAAGAAAAGUUUUAAAAAUAUUUUUAAUGGGUGAUUAAUAUUGUGUAAGAGCAGAAAAUACAUUAUAGUUGAGAAAAUAAUUGGAUUUUCAUAAUCUUGAAUUUAUUCUUCUCAAAUAUUGUUGUACACUAGUACAGUAUUAGUUUUGUGGAUUCCUAAGAUAAAAGUAAGGUUUCAGCUUAACUGUAAGAUCAUCAGGAUGAUUUUAACAAUGUUCAAAUAUUGUUAUAGCUGACUGCUUUUAUAUUAGUUGAGAAAAUUUUAAGAACAUGAAAAACCACUAUAAUUUAUAAAGUAAACCAGCUGUGUUUGAAACAUUGCUGUUAUUUAGUUGUCAUACAACUUGUUUUCUUAUUCAAAUAUGUUGUACUGAGAUAUUCUGUACAGCAGCACUAGAGUAUUAUUAAAACCAGUCAGACAAACUAGUUCAUGUUAUUUAUUUUGCCAUUCAAGUGCAUGCAAUGCUUGCUAGAAAUAAGCAUGGGCACAAAUUUUUAUUUGCAUAUUUUGCAUGAAAAUAGAAGCAACUCAUCUUUGUGAGUAUAAUCUGCUAUUGUAUUAAUGAAUUACUGGUUGUAAUUAAUGCAGUCUUUCUUCAUAUUUGUGAAUACAUAAUUCAGUUGGUAAACACUAAUUUCAGUACUGCUCUGUUACCUGAUAAUAAAGCACUUAAUUAAA